GCAUAGCCCAGCUUUAGGAAACUCCGUACCCGAUUUCUGCUGGUCUUUCGAUCUCUGUAUGGGUUCUGAGAACGAAGUAUUUCCAUGAUCUCCUCUAAAAUGCGAUCGAAGCCAUCCAAUCUAGGGUGUUUGCAGCUCUGAGUGUUCUUCCUUCGAAGAAAGCCAUCCAAUCUCCAAACCAUUAUCAAAUGGCCCAAAGGAUUGUGAGAGGAGAUAUGCCAACUAACCUUGCUGAUGUGAGGCUUAUUGCGUUGGAUAUGGGUGCCUUAGUAGCUGGAGCAAAAUAUAGAGGAGAAUUUGAGGAGCGGCUGAAGGCUGUCUUGAAGGAAGUGGAAGAGGCAGAAGGAAAGGUAAUACUAUUUAUUGAUGAAAUCCAUCUUGUUCUUGGAGCUGGUCGAACAGAGGGUUCUAUGGAUGCUGCUAACCUUUUCAAGCCCAUGCUUGCUAGAGGUCAGCUUAAGUGCAUUGGUGCAACAACACUGGAAGAGUACAGGAAGUAUGUAGAAAAAGAUGCUGCAUUUGAGAGAAGGUUCCAGCAAGUUUACGUUGCAGAACCUAGUGUUACUGACGCAAUUAACAUUCUUCGAGGUUUGAAAGAGAAGUAUGAGGGUCACCAUGGUGUUCGAAUUCUAGAUCGAGCUCUUGUAGUUGCAGCACAGUUAUCCAGUCGAUACAUUGCAGGCCGUCGUCUGCCUGAUAAGGCAAUUGAUUUAGUUGAUGAAGCCUGCGCAAAUGUAAGAGUCCAACUUGAUAGUCAGCCUGAAGAAAUUGAUAACCUGGAGAGAAAGAAAAUCCAACUAGAAGUGGAACUCCAUGCGCUGGAGAAGGAGAAGGACAAAGCCAGCAAAGCUCGACUUGCUGAAGUUGUAAAAGAACUUGAUGACUUGAGAUACAAGCUUCAACCUCUGAUGAUGAAAUACAAAAAAGAGAAGGAGAGGAUUGAUGAAAUUAGGCGCCUCAAGCAGAAGAAAGAGGAGAUACAGUUUACAAUUCAAGAGGCAGAAAGAAGAUAUGAUUUAGCUAGAGUUGCUGAUUUGCGUUAUGGGGCAUUGGAAGAAGUUGAUGCUGCCAUAGCUCGGCUUGAAGGAAGUACAGAUGAGAACUUAAUGUUGACGGAAACUGUUAAACCAGAACAUAUUGCAGAAGUUGUAAGCCGAUCGACUGGCAUUCCCAUUACAAGGCUUGGCCAAAAUGAGAGAGAGAAGUUAAUUGGUCUUGCAGAGAGGUUGCAUCAGAGAGUGGUGGGACAAGACGAAGCAGUUGAUGCUGUUGCAGAGGCUGUGCUUAGGUCAAGGGCUGGCUUAGGAAGGCCACAACAGCCAACUGGUUCAUUCCUUUUCUUGGGUCCAACUGGUGUUGGUAAAACGGAGCUUGCUAAGGCUCUGGCUGAGCAGCUCUUUGAUGAUGAGAAUCAAUUGCUGAGAAUAGAUAUGUCUGAGUAUAUGGAGCAACACUCUGUUGCAAGACUAAUUGGUGCUCCUCCAGGGUAUGUGGGACAUGAGGAAGGUGGGCAGCUUACAGAGGCUGUGAGGCGAAGGCCUUACAGUGUUGUCCUGUUUGAUGAAGUGGAGAAAGCACAUCAUUCUGUGUUUAAUACUCUCCUACAAGUUCUGGAUGAUGGACGGUUGACUGAUGGCCAAGGCCGCACCGUAGACUUUAGCAAUACAGUCAUUAUAAUGACUUCCAACCUUGGAGCAGAACCUCUGCUAUCAGGAUUAAUGGACAAAUGUUCAAUGCAAGUUGCUCGAGAUCGUGUUAUGCAAGAGGUGAGGAAGCAUUUUAGGCCUGAAUUGCUAAAUAGGCUUGAUGAGAUUGUGGUGUUUGACCCACUUUCUCGUGACCAAUUGAGGAAAGUUGCUAGAUUACAAAUGAAGGAUGUUGCUGUCCGUCUCGCUGAGAGGGGUAUUGCAUUGGCCGUGACUGAUGCUGCAUUGAAUUAUAUAUUAGCAGAGAGUUAUGAUCCUGUAUAUGGUGCCCGACCAAUUAGAAGAUGGCUUGAAAAGAAGGUGGUUACGGAGCUGUCAAGAAUGCUCGUAAGAGAGGAGAUUGAUGAAAAUUCAACUGUCUACAUAGAUGCGGGGCCGAAGGGAGGUGACUUGGCAUAUCGAGUGGAGAAGAAUGGUGGACUUGUUAAUGCAACCACAGGACAGAAGGCUGAAGUAUUAAUUCAGAUACGCAGCGUCCCCAGGAUUGAUGCAGAAUAGGCGGUGAAGAGGAUGAAGAUUGCAGAAAUUGUUGAUGACGAUAAAGAGACGAUCGAGUAAAUUGCCUGGGUUGAAGGAAAGGGGCAUGCUGCUCUCCAGAGUUGAAAGUGGGGUAUUAAUUACACUCGGGUGUAUGCAGUAAUUAGCCCUUCCGCUCCUGUCUAACAGCAAGUGUUAACGAAUGCAGGUUUUGAAUGUAUUAGGUGCUCCAGAGCACAUGAGAUGGGAUGGAAUAAUUGAAUUCUUGAGUAUAGGGUGUAAUAAAAAUGAGUACACCAGAAGCAUAUUAUAAUUUUCCUAGGAUGUAAAUGUAAAAUUAACUUUUCCCUCUGUUUUUAAAUAUUUUUUUUCCUCUUUUCACAUAGAGAGUGUU